AGCAGAGAGCGGAAGUCGCUCAGACGGAACACAGCUAGCUUCACAGGGGCGCAUAAACCGUGUUUAUUAGGCAGUCAAAGAACGACAUUGUCAUACAAAUCUUGUGUCAGUGGAGAUGUGUUUGCAUGCGGCUAUCAAUACUACAAGGAUGUACAUCCGCCCUACAUAAGAACGGACGAUACUUCUCCGUCUGACGGUCGUUCACGUUAAUCGUGUCGCCGCAUCAACCGUGGUUGCUAGCUAGCGCGUGAAGCGUCAACGUCAAUGCGAGCUAACAACGUGAGCUCCGAGUAGAAACAUCCUCCGUGUGUCGAGCGUCCGUUUACGCGGACCUACUGGAGGGAGGGAGGGGGGGGUGUCACCAGGGCCCGUGGAAGACAGGUCCGGAAGCCCGAGUCGUCUUCGUGUUUCUACCCCUCGGUGCCCCGAGGCUGUCCACGUCUCGUCCUCUACGUGUAACGUCGCCAGCUGAGCUAACGUUAGGCCACGUCCCCGCGGGCGGCUCUCGUCUUUCAUCUCGACUUGCCGACCCCGCCGUUCGUUGGACAAACCCGCAGAGAAGAUGCUUCGCGUGCGGAAGGAGGAAGGAGACGAAUGACCGACAGCGAUGUGAAAAGUCAUGACCGUUCGCGACCGUCCGCCUGUGUACUCGCUUUUCUUUCCUUUUCCCCCCCCUUGCCGCAUAUGAACGGCAUGUCACGUAGACGGAUGUGUUCCACGGCGCGAGGGUUCUAUCCACGAGCUCUGUAGGCUGAAGCAACAACCUGAAGCAACGGCGCGCUUUUCUCUUCUUUUCUUUUUUUUGUCGUGGCUGAAAUGGUCGGGUUCGGCGCAAACCGACGGGGCGGCCGCCUCCCCUCCUUUAUCCUCAUCUUUUUGAUGUUGAUCGUCGCCAUACUGUCUUUUAACUACUGGACAGUGAACAACAAGCACGGCCGCCUGCUGGACGAGCUGGCGGAGGUGCAGACGCAGGUGAAGCGCACGGACGCGGCGCGCAGCCGGCUGGAGAAGCGGAACUCUGAGCUGAUGGUGCAGGUGGACACGCACAGGAAGCAGAUCGACCAGAAGGAUGGAGACUACAGCGUGCUGGAGGGCAAGCUGCAGGCCCGGGAAGCUAUUAUCAAGAAGUGCGCCGAGGAAAAGAGGAAGGUGCAAGGUGACGUCACAUCCCAAAUGACAGAAAUCCAGAGACUUAAAGAGCAGCUAACGGAGCUGAAGCAGGAGUUCAUUAAACAGGAGGAGCAACUAAGAGAAGUGAAGAAAAACAGCACUACUUUUGAAAGAAAAUUGGAGUAUGAGAGUUUACAAUGUGGCCGUCAAAUUGCACAACUGAAAGAAGAGUAUGAAGAAACAAAAAAGACCCUUGAAGAAGAAGCCUCAAAGCUGAGACAAACUGUGGUGGAUGGCCAAAAGGAUGCAGGGGCAGGUAGACAUGCAGAGGGAGCCGCCAGGGUGGAGUUGGUUGGAGAGCGCCAUACAGUGGCCACAGGCCAGCACGACAGUCUAGAUUUAAAAGACGAGAUGGGUAAGCCUGGCAGUGAUGCUGGCAUGCCGGGUAUUGAAGACAGUGAGGUGGGGAAAAUUGACGAUGUUCAGUUUGCCUUGAAGAAACCCGCCAUAACUCAGAAGCACGAUGAAGCCCCUGAUGUGGUUGUCGGAGGUGGUGCUGGCCCUGUCGUCGGGGCAGCAGAUGGCCCUGGGGGACAAGGCCUGGCUCUGGACCAGCCCGGGCUCCAGCAGGACCGAGUGGAGGACCGAGCUGCAGUGGUUGAAGCUCCGGGCAUCAUCAAACAGGCCGACAAACCCAUUGUGUUCGAAGAAGACAACAAGGCCGGUAUCAAGGCAGACGAACUGGGAGAGCAGCAAAGACAACUUCAAGCUCCUGAUAAUGUGAAGGACCAUGACCAACACUUGAAGAUGAUUCCUCUGCCCCCCAACCCUGCCCAGGUGGCCAACCCCAUCCAGCCUCACCACGCGGAAGACCCCGUUCCAGCACAGCCAGUUCACCACCGCCAAAGCCGGUUCUUUGACGAGAAUGAAUCCCCAGUAGAUCCGCAACACGGCUCUAAGCUAGCGGACUACAAUGGGGACGAUGGGAACGUGGGUGAGUAUGAGGCCGACAAGCAGGCCGAGCUGGCCUACAAUGAGGAAGAGGAUGGUGAUGGUGGGGAGGAAGACGUUCAAGAUGAUGACGAUCGAGACAUGCAGGGAGACCGAGCUGUGGAUUAUGGGAAAAGACAUCAAGCCAUUGACAUUCUUUGAGUGGACACUUGUACAGCCGUUACUAAUUAAAUAUAUUAAGACCUUCCUCUACAAACAAGGUCUUUUCUGAAGAAAAUAGUUUGAACAUCAAUAUGUUUAAAAAGUGAAAGGGUUCAUCCUCAGUGUCACAGAGUACUUUGAUCCGACAUUGAAACUAAUUAAUUAAUUCUGAAUAACGUACCAUAAUCCAAAGGGGCAAAACAUAAUGGCAUCGUCGUGAGCUGCAGUUGAUUUGCUAAUGGUCAGCUAUGAUAUCAUGUACACUGACGGUUGCGGAGGGAUAUUGACUCAGAAACAACAGGGAUAUGAAGAGCCCUGUUCAUUCGCAGCUGAACUUCAAGGUGGAACUGUAUUUUGAUUUUUUUUUUUUUUUUUUUUCUUCAGUUACUGUUGCUUGAUACAAACAAACUCUUCACCGGAGAUGUUUAUCAAACCGACUAAUCUAGCAUUCUGACAUUUCUAACAUACUUUUUUUUUUUUAACAUGGAAUACCAUUUUUUUUUUUGUUCACAUAAGAGGGAAUGCAUUUCGAUUGCAAUGGACUUAGCUUCUGGCCUAUUAAAUCAAUUUUGUUUCUCUGUGACGAACACAUGGAAGUGCUCGUUGUUCCGUCUUUUUUCAAUGAUGCCAUUGCAUGCAUUUGAGACUUUUUAGUAAUCAACUGAGUAAAAUAUCAAUGCUUAAGCAAUACUUAGAGCAAUGUUAGUAUCCUCCAUUGUGCCAUGAUUAACCAAGCACAUGUAGAACUGACAUACUGUAAACAUGCUUCCAGUUAUGAGGUCUGUCCUUAAAUAAUGUAGCUCAUUUGUACCAAGGAAACCUAUUUCCCACAUUUUUAGAGAAAUCUGUGUCUGUGAACAUGGAAUCAGUUCUGUUUGUGCAGCAAGGAAAAAUGGUUUCUCAUGGAAAACCACAUUGAAUGUAAUUUUAUUUUAUUAAAGCUGAUGCUUCAUG